AUGGCUCCAAAAAGAGUUAUGCUUGCAGCGUUCUUUUUCAUCUUCUCUUUAAAAUUCUACUCAGCAAAAACAGAAACUUGGGUUAAAGGUGGUUACUGGUAUUCAAGAAGCGAGAUCCCGAGUUUAGGCAUAAAUUCUACUUUCUAUACACACCUUCAUUGUGCUUUUGCUGAUGUAAAUUCAACCUCUUAUGAACUCUCUUUAUCAGAGUCUGAUGAGAAACAGUUCUCCAAUUUCACAGACACUGUGAAACAGAAGAACCCAUCAGUCGUGACUCUUCUAUCAAUUGGGGGUGGAGAUGCAAACUAUUCAACUUUUUCUUCAAUGGUGAGUAAUUCAUCUUUCAGAAAAUCUUUCAUUGAUUCUUCAAUAAGAACGGCCAGGCUUUAUGGCUUCCAGGGCCUGGAACUUGGUUGGGCUUCCGCAAACUCUAGCUCUGAUAUGUACAACAUGGGAGUUCUCUUUGAAGAGUGGCGAGCCGCUAUCAAGUUGGAGACAGGAAACUCUAGCCAUGCACAACUUAUAUUGACUGCAGCUGUUCGCUUUCAACCAGGUUUAGAUUCAAGAAGCUUCCGUGUAGAAGCGGUGGAACAGUACUUGGAUUGGGUUACUGUUCAGGCUUUUGACUACUACACGCCUCAGCGGUAUAAUUUCACUUCCGCUCACGCUGCUUUGUAUGAUCCAACUAGUAAUGUUAGUACUGAUUAUGGUAUAAGCGCUAUGAUUAGCAGAGGACUUUCUGCUAAUAAGAUGGUUUUGGGUUUGCCUUUCUAUGGUUACGCGUGGACGCUUGCAAACCCCGCGGAAAAUGGUAUUGGUGCCCCAGCAACUGGACCAGCAAUUAGAGAAGGUGGAGCCAUAAAUUAUAAGGAUAUCAGGGAUUAUGUUCUGAGAUAUGGGGCUAAUGUUAAGUACAACGCAACUUAUGUGGUGAAUUACUGCAGCGUCGGGUCAACUUGGAUUGGUUUUGAUGAUGUUGAGGUUGUCAGAAUUAAGGUUGCUUAUGCCAAGAAGAAGAAGCUACUUGGUUACACUGCGUGGGAGGUCUCCUACGAUGAUAACUGGAUUCUUUCUCAAGCUGCAGCUCAAGAGGGUAAUAACGGUGGAAGAAAUAAGCAGCGGUUAUUAGCAACUGUGUUGUCUACAACUGCAGUUGCUAUUUUGCUUUUGGGCUGCUUUUUGAUAUAUUACUUCUGGAUAAGAAAGCUCAAAUCAAAAGCUAACGAAGGAUCAAAGAAGAGACUAAAUGACCCAUCUGCAGCUGGGGAUUUAAACAGCAAUGCUCCUAAUCUGAUAACUUAUAAUUUUCAUGACAUUGAAGUGGCUACAGAUAGAUUUUCUUUUGAAAAUAAGCUUGGGCAAGGAGGAUAUGGUCCUGUUUACAAGGCUUUGCUACCCAAUGGACAGGAAGUAGCAGUGAAGAAACUUUCAAAAACAUCCACACAAGGAUAUGAGGAGUUCAGGAAUGAGGUUAUGCUUACAGCAAAGCUCCAACAUGUAAAUCUUGUUCGACUUUUGGGAUUUUGUACUGAUAGAGAAGAACAAAUGUUGAUCUACAAGUACAUGCCAAACAAAAGCUUGGACUACUAUCUCUUUGAUCCUAUUAGACGGUAUACUUUGGAUUGGAGAAAACGUGUACAUAUUAUUGAAGGAAUUACUCAAGGGCUUUUAUAUCUGCAAGAAUACUCAAGACUGACUAUCAUUCACAGGGACUUGAAAGCUAGUAAUGUUUUAUUAGAUGAAGAAAUGAGGCCUAAAAUAUCAGAUUUUGGUAUGGCUAGAAUAUUUGCAAAAGAUGAACUUGAAGCAAACACAGGACGAGUUGUUGGAACAUAUGGCUAUGUUCCUCCUGAAUACGUUAAAAGAGGCAUUUACUCUACAAAAUCCGAUGUUUACAGUUUUGGGGUUCUAGUUCUGCAAAUCAUAAGUGGAAACCGAGUUUCUUUUUUAUAUGGUGCUGAAGAAAACUUAAGCUUGCUAGAUUAUGCAUAUGAGCUAUGGAAAGAAAACAAAGGCAUGGAGUUCAUGGAUCCAUCAUUAGAUGAUACAGAUUCCUCUUGUAAAUUAUUGAAGUGCUUGCAAAUUGCUUUGCUAUGUGUCCAGGAAAAUCCAAAUGAUAGACCAUCGAUGUUGGGAGUUUUCUCUAUGCUUAAACAUGAAAUCUCAGAGAUAAUGAGUCCGAAGAAGCCCGCUUUCUCAAAACAAGCUGAUGAAGACAGAGAAAGUAGAUCAACAUUCAAUGAUGCAACUAUUUCAGAAGUUGGCAUUUGUAAACAUUUACAGAAUGGGAAUUUCUAUAGAAGAGAAGAAGUCAAUUUUGAUUUCUGGGUUUUACUUGCUUUGGAUCCUGGUUAUGCAGAAGCACAAACCUGGAUCAGAGCUGGCUAUUAUAUAGACGGCGUCGGCGACUUCCCCAUUUCAGGCAUAUCAAUUUCACGUCCUACCAGCUUUCUUUCUCACUUUCUGAAGAAAAACAAUUUUCCAGCUUCAGAGGUUGUGAAACAAAAGAACCCAUCAGUUGUUACACUUCUUUCUAUCUGGGGGACAAGUGCAAACUAUUCAACGUUUUCUUUAAUGGUUAGCGAUUCUUCUUACAGAAAUUCUUUUAUUGACUUGUCGAUAAAAAUAGCCAGGCUUUAUGGCUUUCAAGGCCUAGACCUCUUCUGGCUAUCUCCAACUACAAGCUCUGACAUGUUGAAUGCGGGUGUUCUCUUGCGAGAGUGGCGAGUUGCUACCGAGUUAGAGGCUAGAAACUCUAGCCACUCACAAUUGAUCUUGACGGCAAGGCUUCCAUGGACAAAUUCAGCUGGUAAUCCAGUAGGUUCCAUACAACAAUACUUGAAUUGGGUUCAUGUUCCGGCUGUUGGGUACUGGAUUCCUGAGGAGACAAACUUUACAAGCCCUCAUGCAGCUCUUUAUGAUCCAAAAAGUGUAAAUACUGAUGAGCUUAUAAAGGCUUGGAUUGUCAAAGGAUUAUCAGCAAAUAAAUUCGUUUUGUGUUUGCCUUACUUCGGCUUUGCAUGUGUGGAAAUAACAAAGAACGAAUGA